AUGUCUGAGCUUACAAUGAAAUGGUUAGUAAUAAGUAGCUGCAUUUUAGCAGCGAUUCUAUCAACGAAUGCUGAUGUGAGUCACAUUAUCGGAAAAGGAUAUGACUAUCCCGUUCCCGCUACUCGUUUGGAUAUUCCAAAGCCCGCUCCAAAAGCACCUGUCCCAACUUAUAUUCCUCCUGUACAGACGACAACAACAACAAAGAAGCCCGUUCCUCCUCCUCCUCCCCCGCCAAAGGUUAAAGAAGUAAAAGAAGGUUAUGAUUAUCCAGUCCCAGAGGUUCGCUUGAAUAUUCCAAAACCAACGCCAAAAGCUCCUGUUCCAACUUACAUUCCCCCUGUAACGACAAAAGCUACGACGACAACAAAGAAGCCUACUCCUGUACCAAGAUCUAAUCCUCCUCCUCCGCCGCCAAAGGUUAAAGAAGAAAAGGAAGGUUAUGAUUAUCCUGUCCCUGCUGUUCGUUUGGAUAUUCCAACGCCAAAAGCUCCUGUUCCAACUUACAUUCCCCCUGUAACGACAAAAGCUACGACGACAACAAAGAAGCCUACUCCUGUACCAAGAUCUAAUCCUCCUCCUCCGCCGCCAAAGGUUAAAGAAGAAAAAGAAGGUUAUGACUAUCCCGUUCCCGCUACUCGUUUGGAUAUUCCAAAACCGACUCCAAAAGCUCCUGUUCCAACUUACAUUCCUCCUGUAACUACAAAAGCUACAACAACUACAAAGAAGCCUGUCCCUGUAACAAGAGCUAAUGUUCCUCCUCCGCCAAAGGUUAAAGAAGACAAGAAGGAAGGUUAUGAUUAUCCAGUCCCAGCUGUUCGUUUAGAUGUUCCAAAACCAACUCCAAAAGCCCCUGUCCCUACUUACAUUCCUCCUGUAACUACAAAAGCUACAACAACUACAAAGAAGCCUGUCCCUGUAACAAGAGCUAAUCCUCCUCCGCCGCCAAAGGUUAAAGAAGACAAGAAGGAAGGUUAUGAUUAUCCAGUCCCAGAGGUUCGCUUGAAUAUUCCAAAACCAACGCCAAAGGCUCCUGUUCCAACUUACAUUCCCCCUGUAACAACAAAAGCAACGACAACUACGCCUAAACCAACUCCAAAGAAGAUUGAAAGCACAUAUCUUCCUCCAACAACUGCCGCACCUGUAACAACAAAGAAGCCUGCUCCUCCCCCUGCAGUUGUAAGAAAAACUGAGGUUGAAAAACCAAAGCCUACAUAUUUACCUCCUAAAGUAGAGACUCCAAAACCUACAACUAAAAAGCCCGUUCCUCCUUCUCCAGCAGUAAGAAAAGUUGAUGUUUCUAAACCAGUUUCUACUUAUCUCCCUCCUAAAAAAGUUGAACCAACAAAACCCGUAACAACUAAAAGACCUGCUCCUCCUCCAGCUGUUAGAAAAGCUGUUGAAAAACCAAAGCCUACAUAUUUACCUCCUAAAGUUGAGACCCCAAAACCUACAACUAAAAAGCCCGUUCCUCCUACUCCAGCAGUAAGAAAGGUUGAUGUUUCUAAACCAGUUUCUACUUAUCUCCCUCCUAAAAAAGUUGAACCAACAAAACCCGUAACAACUAAAAAGCCAGCUCCUCCUCCUGCAGUUGUACGAAAAACUGAGGUUGAAAAACCAAAGCCUACAUAUUUACCUCCUAAAGUUGAGACCCCAAAACCUACAACUAAAAAGCCCGUUCCUCCUCCUUCUCCCGCUGUAAGAAAAACUGAGGUUAAAAAGCCUGAACCUACAUAUUUGCCCCCUAAAAAGGCUGAACCAACUAAACCCGUAACAACUAAAAGGCCUGCUCCUCCUCCAGCUGUUAGAAAAAAUGUAGAAAAACCAAAGCCUACAUAUUUACCUCCUAAAGUCGAAACACCAAAACCUACAACUAAAAAGCCCGUUCCUCCUUCUCCAGCAGUAAGAAAGGUUGAUAUUCCUAAACCAGUUUCUACUUAUCUCCCUCCUAAAAAAGUUGAACCAACAAAACCCGUAACAACUAAAAGGCCUGCUCCUCCUCCAGCUGUUAGAAAAGAUGUUGAAAAACCAAAGCCUACAUAUUUACCUCCUAAAGUCGAAACACCAAAACCUACAACUAAAAAGCCCGUUCCUCCUUCUCCAGCAGUAAGAAAGGUUGAUAUUCCUAAACCAGUUUCUACUUAUCUCCCUCCUAAAGAAACAACUACCCCAAAACCCACCACGCCCAAGCCAACAACGCCCAAACCUGUUGCUAAAUCUGCAACUUUGACAAAAGACGGAUACGAAUAUCCCGUUCCCGAUAUUCCAUUUAACUUUUAA